ACUCCUCUUCUUCAUUCGCUUACAAUUUUCGAUAUUCAAUUCCCUCUCUGCAAUUCAUUCCCUUUUUCUUUCGUCUCUUUCAUUCUCGAGGCCUGCGAUUCAACACUCUGUUCCUGUUUUUGACUCUUGUCAUCUUUUUCUUUGCAUCCGUCGAAAUAGAUCGGAGAAUUUUUGAAAGAUUUGUGAAUGGUGGAAGAAAAUUCUUGUAGUAGUAAUUACAUGCGCUCCCUUUUGGAUUCAAGGGCGAGCGCUCGUCUUCCUCUUUCUGCUGCUUCUUCUUUCGCUUUUGGUUCUUGCAAGGAAGGCUGGUACUACCGCUGCCUCGGAGUUGACCCUUGAGAUCUCUCUCUCUCUCUCUCUCUCUUUGUUUCUCUACCUUCUUCUCGAUACAACUCCGUUUCAAGGAAUUUUAACAUUUUGUUCUCAAAACUUUUUUGCGAUUUCUCUCUUUCGAUUUUUUCGUUGCGGCGCUAGCUUUGGGAAAUUUGUCGAGGUUGUCGUCGGUGGCCGAUUCUCUGUUUCUGGGGUAUAAUUUGAAGAAAUAUAAGAAGGGAUUCGGAUUGGUGGGAUUUUGAAUUUGGAUUUGGAUUUGGAUUUCAAUUUUCUUACGAGGAUGUUGCUGUACAAGCAGAAGAAGAAUCAGAAUGUUAAGGGCAACAGGCUCUUGAUCAGCAUCAAUGUGCUCGGCAGUGCUGGUCCGAUUCGAUUUAUUGUGAACGAGGAGCAACUUGUUGCUGCUGUUAUUGAUACAGCAUUGAAAUCCUACGCGCGUGAGGGCCGGCUGCCGAUUCUUGGGUCCGAUCUCAGAGAUUUCCAGCUUUACUGCCCAAUUGCUGGACCAGAUGCCUUGAGUCCAUGGGACACAAUUGGAUCGCACGGAUCCCGGAACUUCAUGUUGUGCAAGAAACCACAGCCAGAGAAAGUGGGAGAACAUGGAAAUUCGCCACCGGAGCCAAGUAUCCCCCGCAAAGGCACAGGAAGCUGGAAGUCAUGGAUCAACAAGUCUCUGAAUAUGAAAAUCUAUUCCCAUUGAAUCCGCGCGACAACGAGGAUAAUGAUGGUUGAAUGCUCUAUGGAAAUUAGGUUGGUUUUAGUUGUUAUUUGGGUCAGUUGUUGUGUGGACCAUUGCAAUUUGGUUUUUAUCGCUUUUGUUUGUUGUCUUGUCGGACACCGUGUUUCAACUUUCAUAAAGUUGGGUGGGUUCCCCGUUUUUCUUCUGGAAAUAAACAGUGUAAUCCAUAGAAUUUAUCCCUUUCAAAUAAAUUACAUCUUGGAUUUUUAAUUGC